AUGUCCACACUCGCAUCGACUCUCAUCUCGUGGGCGGGGUCUCUCCGCAAGUCGGUCGAGGCGGAGGAAUCCGCAUCCACCGAGCCGUUGUUGCAGAAGUCUGACGAUGGCGACGAGGGCGGCACAACCACCGUCGAGGAGCCGGAUGACUUGUACCCACUGCACUACUUUGACGAUACCACCAUCAACCGAAGCAUGAUCAUGUGCUGGAGCAUGAAAUUCGACGAUGUCUUGGAUCCCGAGGCCCUCCGCGACUCCUUGUCCCAGUUGAUCAAGCUGACAAUAGUUGCCCGUGAUGCGGCCCCCCACCAGGCAUGGAAACGUCUCUACAUACACGUACCGAAAAAGUACUCCGCCGCCCGCCCGCCAAUCCGCUACUCCCACGCCGCCUUCGACAUCAAAAUCGAGGACCACCCGCUCGCCUCCCAGCUACCCAGAGCAACAGGCACCCCCUCUCUCCACCCCGGCCCGGAGCUGUUCACCACCUUAGCCCAGGGCCCCGGCAGCCCCGUCUCCAUCCACGACUACAUCAAGGGCGACGAGCCGCAAAUCGCCCUGCACGUCGUCUCCUUCGAGGACGCCACCCUCGUCUCCAUGUCCUGGCCCCACACGCUCACCGACGCCAUGGGCCGCUACGCCCUCAUCGAGGCGUGGUGCCACGUCCUGGCCGGGAGGACAUCCCAGGUCGCGCCGCUCCUCGGGGCCCGCGAGGACCUCGUCCGCCCCGUGGUCAAGGACCCGGAGCCCGGCGAGGUGGAAGAGCCGUACGCGCUGGAAAAGUACCUCUUGACCUCGUGGCAGAUGCUGCUCUUCGUCCUGUACUUCUUCAUCGACGUCUUCUGCACCACCCGCGUUCUGCGCACCAUCUCGCUCACCCCGAAAGCCGUGGCCACGCUCGUCCGCGAGGGGAGGCAGGAUGUCGCCGACGUCAAAGUCGGCGACAAGCCGGCCUUUGUCAGCGAGGGCGACGUCCUCACCGCGUGGGCCACCCGCCUAGCGGCGUCAGAGCUCCCCGCCCACUCGAACCGCACCGUCAUGCUAAGCACCGUGUUCGAGCUGCGGAGCCGUCUCAAGGACGUCUUCCAGCAGGGCGGCGCCUACGUGCAGAACCUCGUGCUGUCGGCCACGGCCGUCGUGCCCGCCCAACACGUGCUCAAGAGGCCCGUCGGCAGCCUGGCCCUUCACAUCCGGCAGACGAUUGCCGAGCAGACGCGGUUGCCCCAGAUCCAGGCGCAGGCGCGGCUCUACCGCCGGAUGUACCUGAAAAAGGGCCACGGCCCCGGUUUCGGGAAGCCCAGCAACUUCAUCGUCGUGUUCAGCAACUGGCUCAAGGGCAAUUUCUUCAACGUCGUCGACUUUGGCCCGGCCGUCCUCCCGUCCAAGACGGCGAGGCAGAGCCGGGGGCCAAGGGAAGCCCGUGUACUUUCACUGCCAGACGCUGCAGAAGGCCCCGACGUCGAGCAAUAUUUUCAAUAUCCUCGGCAAGGACGGCGAGGGAAUGUGUGGAUUACGGGGUAUCUGCCCCUGAAGACGUGGAAGACGGUCCAAGCCGAGCUCGAUAGACUGACGUGA